GACUUAUUUACAGUGCUGUAACUGGUUUGGAGUUCACAAACAGCACUUGGCAAAGGAGCAAGAACUUCGAUCCCAUCUCCUUUGAAAAGGACAAUGCCUUUUUUACAGAGCUUGGUUUCAAUUUUCACGUCUGUCACAAGACGUGCAAUGUACAUUCCUGCAUUGUUUGUUGAACGUUCUCUGCUUGCCUAUAGUGCAUUCACAAAAGUAGACUUUCCUGUGGAAGGGAGAGACCCUAUAAAGCUCUGGCUAUAUCAUGUGGGAACAAUCUAUGCAUUUCAAUGGGGGAAGAUUUUUGAGAAAUUAAGGAUCUGUACCCAACUUCAGUUCAUCAGAUUUCUGUUGAAUUCAGUACCAGUAGGGAAGGAGUCAAAGCUCUUCAUUGAAGAUUCAAGGUUUGAGCAUGUGCCGAUAAGGAUUUACCAUCCAAAAACUCCAUCUAGUGAGCUAAGAAGAGGAUUGAUCUACAUACAUGGUGGAUGUGCAGUGGUUGGAAGCAAAAGAACCUACGAACUUCUAUGCCGCUACCUCGCAAGAGAAAGUGAUUCAGUUGUUGUGUUUUUAGACUUUCGGCUAGCUCCUGAGCACCAGCAUCCAGCCCAGAUGACAGACUGCCUCACUGGAACUCUAUAUUUUAUGAACCAUGCAAAAAACUAUGGAGUAGAUCCUAACCGCAUUAUCCUUAUUGGGGAAAGCAGUGGAGGGACACUUGUUUCAACCGUCUGUCGGGAACUGGUGAAAAGAAUGCAUGUUCCAAAGGUUCGAGCUCAAAUCUUGUUGUACCCAUUCCUUCAAAUAGUGGACCUGUCAUUGCCAGCACAUCAGCAAAACCAAUUUGGCCCUGCUUUGACCAUGAGACGGGCCGCAAAGCUUGCUUUUACCUUUCUGGAUGAGAAACUGGACAAUGUAGAAGACAUGUUGAACAAUGCCCAUGUUCCUGAGAUUAUGAGGAUGCAAAUCAAGAAAUGUAUUAGUGCAGACCUCAUCCCGGAAAAAUUUAAAGCCCGUGGAUACAAACCUCCACCUCCAGUUCCCUUUUCAAAAGAAUUAUAUGAAAAAGUCAGACUGUAUGACAAAACAUUGAGCUCACCAAUUCAAGAUGUGGAUGCCGUUAUACAACAACUUCCUGAGACAUACAUUUUGACUUGUGAAUAUGACAUAUUUCGAGAUGAUGGGCUGCUGUAUAAGAAACGACUCGAGGACAAUGGCGUGCAUGUGACCUGGAACCAUCUCGAAGAUGGGUUCCAUGGAUUUGCAUUAUUUGUUGAUACCGGGAUUACUGAAUUUGCAUGCACGAGAUCAGCAUUUGCAGACAUACUUCAGUUUAUUAAAAAGUUCUAAAUGGGUGGA